ACAGGAGGCAGAGAACUAUUUCCUCACAAAGAAGGGCUUUGGGGCAGUCAUGUCCUACUUCAUGUCUCCACAAACUCAGCUAGGUCUUCUGCCUCCUGGCCAAGGUGGGGCCGCUUCUCCUUCGCCCGGCUCAUCCCUCCGGCUCUAUAGUCCUGCAGAGCCGGCGGUCAUGGCCUCUGGCAGACUAGGCCUACUGAGCCAGAGGGCCGAGCAGGUGACACCUGCUGCCCAGGCCUGGGGCCCAGCCCUGGCUGGCUCCUCCGAAGCCAGAUGCUGCCCUGGGGGCACUGGCUGGGAGACUCUGGCAAGGAAGGAGUACAGCCACGCCCGAUACUGCCACAAAUUCCCUCCCUUGAGGCAGCCCGAGAGCUUGGGCUGGGAGGACGGCAGCUCUAGAACUCCCCAGCUGCGUGGCCCCAGCAGGCCGAGGCCCCUGCUGCUGUGUGGGCUGUCACCGGGGGUUCUGCCCGCGCCCUCCGAGGCAGUGGGGAAGGAGGCUGGCUCCCAGCCGGACAUCUGCAUCCUUACCCUGGCCAUGAUGAUCGCUGGCAUCCCUACUGUGCCCGUCCCGGGCCUGCGGGAAGAGGACCUGAUCCGGGCGGCCCAGGCUUUCAUGAUGGCCCACCCGGAGCCAGAGGGGGCCGUGGAGGCGUGGCAGGAGCAGAUGCGUUUCCAACCAGCCUUUGGCCAGAUGCCCCUAGGGAGAGCCAGGAAGAGCCAGCCUCUGGCUUCUGCUUGUAGCUGGAUGAAAUAG